AUCAUUUGUUCUUUUUUUACAGGUUCAUUUGCUGGGCCAAUACAUGUGGAUCCACAUGAGACUGCGGUGUGGGGAAAGAAUGUCACUUUGAAGUGCUUAAUUGAGUUCAAUGAAGCAAUAACCCAGAUCUCGUGGGAGAAAAGCAUUGGCAAGACCACUCAGACCAUAGUUGUCCACCACCCUAUCUUUGGGACAUCUUUUCAAGAAUCCUAUCAGAAUAGAACCAUGUUUAAAAAUACAUCUGUUCAUGACGCAACAAUCGUGAUUAAUAAUGUAGGCUUCUCUGAUGCUGGGGAGUAUAUAUGCAAAGCAGUUACAUUCCCACUUGGAACUAUUCAGGCAGCAACCACUGUGACUGUACUUGUUGAACCAACUGUAAGUAUAACUAAAGGGCCCGAUUCUUUAAUGGAUGGUGCAAAUGAAACUGUAGCGGCCAUCUGUACAGCUGCUACAGGAAAACCUGCUGCAGAGGUGAGCUGGGAAGAGGCUCUUGGGAAAGCAGAGGUGAAUUAUACAACCUUUGCAAACAAAACUGUCACAGUUGUAAGCCAAUACAAGCUGGUCCCAACAAGAUUUGCAAGAAGAAGAAACAUAACCUGUGUUGUAAAGCAUCCGGCUUUGGAGAGCGAUAUUAGGUAUCCUUUUACAUUGGAUAUAAAAUAUGCUCCUGAAGUUUCAGUAACAGGUUAUGAUGGAAAUUGGUUUGUUGGCCGUAAAAAUGUCCAGCUGAAAUGUAAUGCUGAUGCAAAUCCAUCGCCCACAGAAAUAAAAUGGACCAGGUUAGAUGGAGUCUGGCCUGAAGGCUUGUUGUCUAUCAAUAAUACACUAUAUUUCAACUACCCUGUUACUCACAAUGUAUCUGGGAUAUAUGUGUGCAGAGUGACCAAUGCCCUUGGUCAGAAAAGUGACCAAAAGAUCAUCACAGUUUUGGAUCCUCCUGCUACUACUCCUCCUCCUACAAGUCCACAGACCCAUUCAUCUAUUGACAUUACAGGCUUAGCAACAACCUCCAGAAAGUUCCAUGUUCCAGCUUCAACAAUGGCGACCAUGCAGGAUGGAAACUUUGGCACCAUUAUUGGCAGCGUUGUAGGAGGUUGUCUAUUCUUGAUCCUUGUUAUUGUGAUAUUUGGAGUUAUCUAUCAUAGGAGGAAACAGACGUUCCGAGGUGAUUAUUUUACUAAGAGCUACAUUCCUCCAUCUGAUAUGCAGAAGGAGUCUCAGAUUGAUGUGCUCCAGCCUGAGGAUCUUGACCCAUUUCCUGACAACCUGAAAAAGGAGGUUGACAUUAAAAGCAAUGAUCAUAUGUACAAUGAGUAUCUUCACGAUGAUGAUAACUCUGACUGGAACCAUAUUGUUAGUUAUAACAGAUAUCAAGAGCAAUUUGACAGGCCAGUCAAUAACUAUAGUGACAAAAACAUGCCUAUAGUUUCAAGGUACAAUCAGAACUUUGAUAAUGAAGAUGACUUGGUCUCACAUGUGGAUGGUUCUGUUAUAUCCAGAAGGGAGUGGUACGUGUAG